CAUUCAUUCUUAAGACUAUUCAUUAGCAUCCGCUUGAAAUUAGAGGACCAAACACAGAGGACACCGUUGACUGCACGCCUUCAAGUUUAUGCUCCCGAGGUUUUUCCUUUGCCAUCUCAUUUUCACGUUAUUAGCCAAAUUCAAUCACAGCACCAAUUGGAUGGAAAUCCAAAGAGAAAGAAGCAGCAGCUGUGCCUCAGUUAACAUUGAACAUCCUCAAGGCAGUAGCCUGUUGGUAACUUCUAUGAAGAACAGGUUGAGAAGUUUAGCCCCUGUAUCCUCAGAGAGAUGUAUUUAUAGAGUACCCAAGAGACUCCGAGAUGUUAAUGAGAAAGCCUACACGCCUCGAUUAGUUUCAAUUGGUCCUCUUCACCAUGGCAGGCCUGGCUUAGGUGCCAUGGAAGAGCACAAAUGGAGACAUUUACAGAAUUUUCUGCAGCAGACAAAGGUAAAGUUGGAUGAUCUUGUGAAGUUUAUAAAAGACAGGGAGAAAAGAGCAAGAAACUGCUAUGCUGAAACUAUUGAGCUUACCAGUGAUGAAUUUGUGCAAAUAAUCACUGUUGAUGCAGCAUUCACUAUUGAUAUUUUGUUGGGAAGAGUUUUUCCUCACUUAACUUGUGAAAUCGAAUGCGUCAUUGAUAGAUCAGGCCUUGUGUUUGAUAUAUAUCGUGACAUGUUGUUGAUUGAAAAUCAGCUUCCAUACUUCAUUCUUGGGGAUGUCUUGGAUCUUGCCAAGAGCAGAGCAGCUUCUGGUUCAAGUCAGUGGCCUUCCCUUCUUAAUAUAAUCCAUGCUUAUUUCAAUUCCUUUGCACAACUAGAUCAUGACUUCAACACCAUGAAAAGCUCUGAAGUUAGGCAUUUUGUUGAUUUCCUAAGGCUUUGUCACCGGCCAUUCAGGCAAAAACAACCACUAAGGCGGAGACUAGUGUUCGACGGGACAAAAAGCUUAACUGAGCUUCAUGAAGCUGGAGUUAAAUUCAAGGUAGCAUCAACAAAACACUUGCUGGACUUGCAAUUUAUUGAUGGAAUUCUGGAAAUACCGCAUAUAAGGGUGAGUGAGAUGACAGAAGCAUUUUUUCGGAAUCUUAUUGCAUUCGAGCAGUGCCACUGCAAAGUUUCAGAUAUCAGUGAUUAUAUUGUCAUCAUGGACAUCCUUAUAAACACUGCCCAUGAUGUAGAAUUACUUGUCAAAUGUGGGAUUAUGAAAAACAUGCUGGCUAACAAUCUAGAAGCUGCAAUGCUUUUCAACAACCUUGCCAAAGAAGUUUUGUUUGAUUCUAAUGUGUUCAGUUAUUCACUUCUCUGCGAAGAUUUGAAUGAUUACUGCAAAGUCCGUUGGCAUAAGUGGCAGGCAAUAUUGAAACACAAUUACUUCAACAAUCCAUGGGCUGUCAUUUCUGUCACUGCCGCAGUUAUUCUUCUUCUGCUCACUUUCGUACAGACUCUUUGUUCUGUGAUACAGAUCUCAUAGUAAUCUACGAAGCAACAAGCAACAAGCAGGAAAAGGCUGCUUAUUAUGGGAAGCUCAAGCUAAGAUUCUAGAAGAUUAGCAAUAUUUAUUCUACAACCUAGUGGAAGCUAGUUAGUUAUUCUGUUGUAACCAACUCUACCAGCUGAGCCUCUAUAUAAGGUAUCAAUAAGAAGCAUCUUGAAUGCACCUCUUCUUCCA